GCCAGGGGAGUAGGUGGAGGACGCCGGUAACGAGCCUCAGCGACUUCCCGGAGUCUAUCAGGUCCCGCUCCGGCCGAGGAUGGAGGAGUCUUGGGGCGCCGGUGGCCCGGAGCCCGGCGAUAAUCAGGCUCUGAAGCCGUGUCUGCUGCGCCGCAACCACAGCCGCGAGCAGUACGGCGUGGCGGCCUCCUGCCUCGAGGAUCUGCGGAGCAAAGCCUAUGACGUCCUGGCCAUUGAUAAGUCCCUGGCACCCGUCACCUUGGUCCUGGCAGAGGACGGCACCAUCGUGGAUGACGGCGAUUACUUCCUGUGUCUGCCUUCCAAUACGAAGUUUGUGGCCUUGGCUGGUAAUGAGAAGUGGGCGUACAACAACUCAGACGGAGGUACCGCUUGGAUUUCCCAGGAGUCCGUGGAGGUAGAUGAGACGGACAGCGGGGCAGAGCUGAAGUGGAAGAAUGUGGCCAGGCGGCUGAAAGAAGACCUGGCCAGCAUCGUCCUCCUGUCAGAGGAGGACCUCCAGGUGCUCAUCGACGUUCCCUGUGCAGACCUGGCUCAGGAGCUGGGCCAAAGCUGCGUCACGGUCCAGGGGCUGCAGAACACCCUCCAGCAGGUGCUGGACCAGCGGGAGGAGGCCCGCCAGUCCAAGCAGCUCCUGGAGCUCUACCUCCAGGCUCUGGAGAAGGAGGGCAUCAUCCUGUCCAGGCAGCCAGGGUCCCACACUGGCUUCGGUGACGAGGGGGAUGCCGUGGACACGGGUCUGAGCAGAGAGUGCUCCUCUGAAACUGCCCUUUCGAGCCAGGUCCUCACCACGCUGAAGGAGAAGCCUGCUCCCGAGCUGAGCUUGUCUAGCCAGGAUUUGGAGCUGGUCACCAAGGAGGACCCCCAGGCCCUGGCUGUGGCUCUGCACUGGGACGUGAAGAAGACGGAAGCUGUGCAGCAGGCCUGCGAGCAGGAGCUGAGCCUGCGCCUCCAGCAGGUACAGAGCCUGCACUCCCUCAGGAGCCUUGCAGUGCGGAGGGACUCGCUGCCCGGGAACCCGCAGAAUUCCAAACGAGCCAGGCAGGACCCCGCAUAGUGUGCCGCACACACGCCCAAGAGAGCCGCGGACCUCGGUUUUGUUACCGGUAAAUCCCUUCAGCCUUAACAGCGACCUGUGUCCCGCUCCCCCCGCCGUGGCACACCAUCUCCUGGGAGAAGCUGGAAGACUGUUCCAGAUCUCAGCGUCUGCCCUCCUGCCCGCUUUGAUGUAGCUGCACCAGUAUGCCCACCUCCUCAACACGUUCCUAUGUCCUGUUUUAAGUGGCGAAGGACAGUGAAAAGAAACGGUCAUACUUGGUUGUUUUUUUUAAUUGUCAUACUUCAGACUCAUCAUCCUGUUCUAAAGCUAGAAAUGCAGAAUUUAAACGAAUAACGGUAAAGAAGGUGGCACAAUAGUGUUGAUGAUGGCCACAAACUUGUUUCUCAAAUUAAUGAACUUCCUUGUUUGUUCAAAGGCACAUAUUAAGUCCGCAGACCUUGGGACACGGAGAGUCUCGUGAUUUCUAAUGUCCAGUUCAGUAUUGUCUAGCCGUAUCUGCAACCUCAGUUUUCCAAUAUGUUUUAUCAGCGGGGGUGAGAGGUCAUUGAGUCGAUUUCCACGCGACAUGACUGAGGCUGUCUGGGUGCAAAGCAGACUUUCACUCUUCAGGUUUUGUGCCUCUCCUUGCGGGGAAAGGUUAUCAGGGAUUUCAUUUUUUUAAGCAUGCUUAGAGGAAGUAGAAUGCUGUUAGGAGAUACAGUGGCUAGUUAUUAUUUUAGGCUAAUUAUUCAGUGACAAAAUACAACAACGAGUCCGGGGCCUGGGUGGUGCGGCACACGCAGAACAGAGAGCCUCUCCCUCUGACCUCUGAGGAGGGCUCCGCUGCUCUCAGCACCUUCCCUGAGGCCUCACAGCCUGCUUCUCAGCCCCGUCGCCUUCUCGGUAGCACAUUUGUUUUGCUUCCUUCAUUGUCCUUAAAUGACAGCCAGGGCUGAUGGCCCGCCUACCUGUGUGCUUGCUACCGCACUGACAGCAUACCCCAAAUGUGAUAUUUCGUAAGAAACAAAAGCAGCGUUUCCAAUAAAAAGACAUGUGUCUCGGGA